AUGUUUUACCAAGUGAAAGUUCCAGAAAGGGACAUGGAUCUCCUUCGUUUUUUGUGGUGGCCUGAGGGUAAUCUAAAUAACGAACUUGAGGAAUACAAAAUGACAGUGCAUCUUUUCGGUGCUACUUCGUCGCCCAGUUGUGCCUCCUAUGCCUUAAAAAAAACAGCUGAGGAUGCUAGAGACAUAGCACCAGAGGAAGCAGUUAACACUGUGUUAAAUAACUUCUAUGUCGAUGACUGUUUAAAGUCAGUUGCUACUGAAGAACAAGCCAUAAAAUUGGCCAAGGAUCUACAAACCCUAUGCUUAAAGGGAGGAUUUCAUCUUACAAAAUGGAUAAGCAACAGCAGAGCAGUCUUGCUGUCAAUUUCUGAAGAAGACAGAGCAAUAAAUCAAAAAGAUGUGGAUUUAAGUUAUGACUUAUUACCAGUUGAAAGAGCUUUGGGCGUCCAAUGGUGCACACAAACAGACAGUUUCAAGUUUCAAGUAAAUCUGCAAAAUAAGCCUGCUACAAGACGCGGUAUUCUGUCCGUGGUUAGUUCAAUAUAUGAUCUGCUUGGAUUUUUAGCGCCAGCCAUAUUACCUGCUAAGUUUAUUCUAAGAGAACUGUGUAAAGAAAAAUACGCUUGGGAUCAAGAAGUGGAAAUUAAAUACGUUCGGCAAUGGAAAAAAUGGAUGGACGAUUUGCAAUUACUUGCGGAUUAUAAUGUGGACAGGUGCAUUAAACCUCCUGAAUUCGGUCAAACAAUGACCGCACAAAUACAUCAUUUUGGAGAUGCCUCAGAAAACGGAUAUGGCACCGUUUCCUACCUCCUCCUGACUAAUAAGGAAAAUAAGAGACAUUGUUCAUUUCUAAUGGGGAAAUCUAGAGUGGCACCACUAAAACCUGUAACUAUACCAAGGUUAGAACUCACAGCUGCAGUGGUAGCAGUCAAAAUGGACAAAAUGUUUAAACAAGAAUUAAAGAUUCCUCUGAAAGAAUCAAUCUUUUGGACAGACAGCACCACAGUACUACGGUACAUAGCAAAUGAAAACGCACGCUACAAAACUUUCGUCGCUAACAGAAUCGCUGUGAUAAGAGAGCACACACAACCCUCGCAAUGGAGGUAUGUUGCAUCUGCACAAAACCCAGCGGAUCAGGCAUCAAGAGGAUUAACAAUAGAAAACUUCGUCAAAAAUAAAACUUGGAUACAAGGCCCAAACUUCCUGAUAAAACCAGAACACGAAUGGCCUAAGAGACCAGAUGAAAUGGAUCUGUCUACUUGUGACGAUCCAGAAAUCAAAAGGUGCGUAGCAAAUUGUGUAAUUGUUGAAGAAAAAAUCGAACCAGUAAAAAGACUUGUAGAGCACUACUCUAAAUGGUUCAAUUUAAAGAAAGCAGUAGCAUGGUUCCUUAGGCUCAAAGAGAUGCUAAUGCGUCUGAAAGAAGAGAGAAAGGCAAUUCAAUACACAGUCAGCAAAUCUGGACACAGCCCAGAGAAACAAAAAACACUGAUAGAAAAACAUAUGAAAGAAUACAAAUCAUCGAUGAGGCUAAAUCCACUGUCCGUAGACGACUUAUCUAAAGCAGAAGACGAACUUAUUCGCUUUAGUCAAUUAAAGGCUUACCCAGAAGAACUUAAAGCCCUAUACAAAAAUCAGCUUAUAAAAAAAAGUAGUAAAAUCAUCAAACUUGAUCCAGUUUUACAAGAGGGAAUAUUAAGAGUCGGAGUAUGUAUGUAUUCUGCUAAGUGCCCCAAGAGACAGGUUCAUCCUGAUGUCACUGCCAAAAGACCAUCCUCAGCCUUUAUCUUUGGAAGCUGA